GUUGGGCACGUGGUCCAAAGGGCGCGGCUAGAAAGGCAGCGGCGCAUGCGCAGGUGGAGGGCGUGUGCUUGUGCGCGCGCGCGCGCGCGCGCACGUAGAGAGGAAGCGCAUGCAGAGAGGGCGGAGUGGCGAGCUCCGCGAGCUCAGGAGGGGGCGCAGCGGGAGCAGCAGCGCAUGCGCAGAGGAACGGCGGGAAGGGAGGCGCCUGAGGCGGAGCGAGGAGCGUCGCGCACCGGCCUGACGAGGCCUGAAGGGGCCCGAGGGGGUAGCUGGGCUUCUCAGUUGAGGCUUCUUCACCCUCCUUUUCGUCUGACUGACUAAGACGGAAGAGCCCAGGCCCCCAGCCUAGGUGGAACCCGGAAUCAGUGUCCGCAACAUGAGUUAUGGGAAUGGGACGUCCUCCUCGUGUGUGUGAGGACUGUCACCUCGCAGCUGCUGGCAGGCGAGUUGUCGUGAAGAUUGGUGCUUUUUAGGAGCCAAUCCGUGAUCUUGCAUCAUAUUUAGUUGUCAUGUCUCCUUAGUCUCCUCUGCUCUACUGGAGUUCAGGAUAUUGGAAAAACUACCACAGAAGUGAAGUGCCCUUCUCAUCACAUCACGUUAGAAGGCACAUGAUAUCCGCCUGACAUCACUGCAAUGAAUGAGAGUUCCUGUUGCUCCACAUCCUCACCAGCAUUUUGGCGUUGCUAUGUUCUGGAUUUUGAUUGUUCUAACAGCAUUUCCUGAGCUACUAAGAACUCUUUGGAAACAGUGUGUCUCACAGCCGAUUAUCCAGGUGACCUGGAUGUGCCAGUGCUGCCUUGAUGCCCACCCACUGCCUCUGCUUUUGGAUGAACAUUUGAGGAGCCAACAAAAGAUGAGAAUGGCAGAAGCACAGAGAACAAAGAGGAGGGUGGCUCCAGAUGAGAGGUCUACUCAGCAAGGCAGACCCUCCCUUGAAAACACUGGAGCUGCUCCAGAGAGUCAGCCUGGAAUGAAGACAGAGGCCCAGGCUUCAGAACCUUCACUGUCAAAAACCCCAUCUACUGAGCUUUCUGAGAGUUCCCCAGGAAGCCAAAUUUGGGAUAAAGUACGCAGAGCCACCUGGUCUCCGACAUCCUGGGUUUCAGAGGCCCAGGGUUUGGAGGCCCGGGCUGCGAAGGCUCGGGCCUGGGAGGCUCAAGCUUUUGAGGCUCAGAGCAGAGCCAGCCAAUCCAAGCAAAACUCUGUAUUGCGGAUGAUAGCUGCCCCACUGGCAAAACGGAAACACUUACCUGAGAAGCUGCAGGUGCCAGAGAAGGAAAAGAGUAAGGUCCUCUUCACCCGUCCAGUCUGGUCCAACAAGGUUGAGUACAUCCUGGCCCAGGUGGGCUACUCCGUGAGGCCAGGUGAUCUCUGGCAUUUUACCUUCCUGUGGCUUCACAACGGAGGUUGCAGUUUUCUCCUUAUCUACAUCUUCAUGAUGUUCUUGAUCGGGAUUCCUCUUCUCUUCCUGGAGAUGGCAGCUGGUCAGAGGUUGCGUCGGGGCAGCAUUGAUGUAUGGAAGCUCAUCAGCCCCUGGAUUGGUGGUGUGGGGUAUACCAGCUUCCUGGUGUGCUUCAUCGGUGGCUUGUACUUGAAUGUGGUCAAUGCCUGGACUCUCUCUUACUUGAGCCAGUCCUUCCAGUUUCACCUUCCAUGGGAGAAAUGUCCCUUAGUGAAGAACUCCACUGACUUUGAUCCUGAAUGUGCACAGACGACACCCUCCAUGUACUUCUGGUACCGGCUGACCUUGAAGGCCUCAGACAGAAUUGAGGAUGGUGGGCCACCAGUCCUCAGUCUGAGCCUGUCCUUAUUGGUGGCCUGGUGUCUUGUUGCUGCUUUCAUGAUUAAUGGGCUCAAGUCCACUGGGAAGGUAAUGUAUCUCUUGGUACCAGUCCCCUAUCUCAUCGUCCUUUGUCUCCUAAUCCGGAGUCUCCUGCUGGAUGGGGCGGUAUUUGGCCUUCGACAUUUGGCAUCUGCCAAGAUAUCGGCUAUGUACAACAUGAAUGUGUGGUGCCGAGCAGGGACCCAAGUCUUGUUUGCCUUGGGCCUAGGCUUUGGCCCCGUUGUCGCCAUAUCCUCGCACAUGCACCCAUCAAACAACUGUCUCCAUGAUGCCUUUCUUGUGGCUCUUGUCAACCUGGUCACCAUGCUGCUUUUCACACCUUUUUUCUUCUCUCUCCUGGGCUUCCGGGCCACAGUCAUCACGCAGCACUGCAGUGAAAAGAGUGCUGAAAUACUUAUGAACCUGGUAGCCACGAGGAAGCUGCCUCCUGAGGCUCAGCCCCCUCUAAACCUGUUUGACCGCCCUACCUCUAUCUUCACCUCCUGGCUCAAGAGCCUUCCCCAUCCCAUCAAGAGCAUGGUCCUCAGCCACGUGCCAGAGUGCAGCUUAGAGCAACAAUUUUUGAAGGUUAAGGAGGGCCCAAGCUUUGCAUUCCUGGCCGUCACUGAAACCAUGUCAUUCAUUCCUGGGUCUGUCUUCUGGUCCAUCCUCUUCUUCCUGAUGUUGCUGAUCCUGGAGCUGAGCACCACAAUAGGGAACAUGCAGGGUAUCAUUACCCCCCUCCAGGACACCUUUUCUUGUUUCAGGAAAUAUACAAAGCUGCUUACAGUGGUUGUCUUUGUGCUCAUGUUCCUGUGCGGCCUCUUCUUCAUUCGACCUUCAGGCAUCUACUUCUUCAAACUGCUGACUGAAUACUGGAUAGUCCUCCCCAUAAUCAUCAUCGUCAUAUUUGAAAACAUGGCCGUGGCCUGGGCCUAUGGGGCCAGGAGGUUCCUUGCAGACUUUGCGAUCCUGUGGGACCGCCCCAUCUCUCCCAUCAUUCGAUGGCUGUGGUGCUGUCUGUCUCCAAUUCUACUGCUAGUCCUGUUGGUGACUACUCUGAUUCAUCUGUUUCUGAAGAGCUUCACCUAUGUGGCCUGGGACUCAAGCACUUCAAAAGAGGUGCUUCGACAAUACCCAUCAUGGGGGCUGCUCGCGAUGAUUGCCCUUGUUAUCAUUGGCAUCCUCCCCAUCCCCACAUACUUUGUAUACUGCCUCACCCAUGGGAUUCCCUUCAAUGUCACGAGCUGGCACAAGUCUAGGAUAUCCUCCAGAUGCCUACCCCUAAGUGUCCAACUAUCACCCAUUAAAGAGGUCCAGAGUGAGGAAAUCCUACAAGAUGAAACUGAAUUGCGAUCAACCUGUUUUGUGACUUCCUAACUUCAUUUAUUUGUCCUGACAUCACAUAUCCCUCAAAACAGAUCUAACAAGCAACUCUUAAUACCAACUUGAGACUGUUGGUGUCCAUGGACCCAGAACUACUUUUAUUCCCAAGAGAAUAUUUGGGGGCUCAUGGGGCCUGGUUUUCAGCCCCCCCUCCAAGACCCCACCUUCCUGGGUUACCACUGUCAUUGUGUUUUCCCCAUCCCCUUCCUCAGUAUAUACACAUGCCCAUCAUUGUAUACACCAUUGAUAAUGCCUACCAAACCUGCUUCUUGCCUGGUCUGCCCCGCCCCUGCCGUGGAGCUGGAGCAGUAAUGCUGUUGGUCAAUAAAUCAGUCCGCUGGGACUCUAA